AAGUCAUUUGUAAAUCAAAAAUUAACUGAACAAGUUCAUCAAAAUGUAUUUUCUGCUGUUCCUAAUAGUUUUUACUUCUAUUGAUUCAAAUUCAGCUCAGUCCUUCAAUGCAACAGCUUUCUGCACUAGUAUCAAUGGAAAUGGAUUAUAUCCAUAUGAAAACAGCUACAAUUGUUCUCAAUACGUAAAGUGUUAUUCAUAUGAUGGAACUAGAAUAUUAGGUUGGGUAUACAAGUGUCCAGGAACAACAUUAUUUAAUCCAAUAGCUUCAUAUUGUCAGGAUGCAUAUACUUGUAUACCACCGUCUACAACAACAUCAACGACACAAUCUACCACGACUAGUACGACCAGCAUCACCAUGACAAUGUCAACAACGACAAAAAAUCCACCACCGUUCAAUGCCACAGCCUUUUGCUCUACUCAAAAUCGAGGAUAUUAUCCUUAUCCAACUGGAUGUGUUAAAUAUAUCAAUUGUUACUUUUAUGAUGGCAUUACUAUGCUUGGUUCAGUGCUCACAUGUCUUGGAACUACGGCAUUUAAUCCUACAUCAAGCACUUUGGCAAACAGUUAUUAUCCUUAUCCAGGAACUACAAACUGCACGCAGUAUAUAAAAUGUUUUUCAAAUGGAGUAAGUAUGGUUGGAGUAGUUUAUACGUGUGUAGGAACCACAUUGUUCAAUCCAGACCUUUUAUACUGCCAAAGUGGAUAUGUAUGUAUUCCGGCAACCACUUCGACGACCGUUCUUCCCACGACAACAGUUUCUGUGACUUCGACAACUGUUGCUCCUACAACAACAGUUGCAGCAACUGCGACAACGACCGUUGCUCCCACAACAACAGUUUCUGUGACUUCAACGACAACUGUUGCUCCUACAACAACAGUUGCAGCAUUCAAUGCAAAUUCAUAUUGUAGCGCUUUGGCAAACAGUAAUUAUCCAUAUCCAGGAACCACAAACUGCACACAGUAUGUAAAAUGUUUUUCAAAUGGAGUAAGUAUGGUUGGAGUAGUUUAUACGUGUGUUGGAACCACAUUGUUCAAUCCAGAUCUUUUAUACUGCCAAAGUGGAUAUGUAUGUAUUCCGACAACCACUUCGACGACUGUUGCUCCCACAACAACAGCUGCAGCAACUGCGACAACGACCGUUGCUCCCACAACAACAGUUUCUGUGACUUCAAAGACAACUGUUGCUCCUACAACAACAGUUGCAGCAUUCAAUGCAAAUUCAUAUUGUAGCGCUUUGGCAAACAGUAAUUAUCCAUAUCCAGGAACCACAAACUGCACACAGUACGUAAAAUGUUUUUCAAAUGGAGUAAGUAUGGUUGGAGUAGUUUAUACGUGUGUUGGAACCACAUUGUUCAAUCCAGACCUUUUAUACUGCCAAAGUGGAUAUGUAUGUAUUCCGACAACCACUUCGACGACUGUUGCUCCCACAACAACAGCUGCAGCAACUGCGACAACGACCGUUGCUCCCACAACAACAGUUUCUGUGACUUCAACGGCAACUGUUGCUCCUACAACAACAGUUGCAGCAUUCAAUGCAAAUUCAUAUUGUAGCGCUUUGGCAAACAGUAAUUAUCCAUAUCCUGGAACCACAAACUGCACACAGUAUGUGAAAUGUUUUUUAAAUGGAGUAAAUAUGGUUGGAGUAGUUUAUACAUGUGUUGGAACCACAUUGUUCAAUCCAGCCUUACUAUACUGUCAAAGUGGAUAUGUAUGUAUUCCGGAAACCACUUCGACGACUGUUGCUCCCACAACAACAGUUUCAGUGACUUCUACAACGACCAUUGCUCCUACAACAACAGAAACAAUACUACAAACAACGACCGAAACAGUUCUAGACACGACGACAGAAAAAAUUCUAGAUACAACAACCGAAACAGUUCUAGAUCCGACAACAGAAACAGUUCUAGAUACAACAACGGAAACAGUUCCAGACACAACAACAGAAACAGUUCUAGAAACAACAACAGAAACAGUUCUAGAAACAACGACAGAAACAGUUCUAGAAACAACGACUGCAACUUCUGCUUUCGAUGCUAAUACUUUCUAAGAAAUUAUAAUUGAUCAAGGAAUGGAAUAUAAACGUUUAAUAUGUUCAGUCAUUCGUGAUUUUGAUUUUCUUGAUGAGAUUGUGGAUGGAAAGAUGUGGGAUUCGCUGGAUUUACUGCUUAUAUGUUUUGUGUGA